ACAUCUAUUUUGAUCAACUUCCCGCUCAGGUGACAUCGUUUAGCGGUGUCAUCGUCAUCGAAAAAAUAGCCGGAAAGGAACCAGUUUUAUCUCUGACACUAGAAGAAAAAAAAUACUGCACUUCGUUUAUCGGAACGUCAUGAUGUGACGUUUGACUGGAAAACACUGUCAGUGAUCAGGAACAAAAUAAUCGUUGGACAUUGUGAUACUGUACGUAGUUACUAAGCUGGCAGAUCGAACUAAUUACCGCAUACCAUGUGACUAUUAAACUUCACUUUUAUGGACUGUGGAUGAUUGCUCUUUAAUUCCAAGACCUAUCUUUAGGACACAAACUGUGACUGAUUUAGGUUGAUAGAGAACUUGAUUGUCGAUAUUUAAAUGUCACUGAUCCACAUGGAUAUGGCAGCACAUUAAUCUUGAUCCAUUCAUCUUCGUUCUUGCCGUUUUGUUUUUACUCAUUUCAGGAGAUAAUCUUAUGUACCUGAUUGAUAAUUAUUGGCCUUCUGUUGUAUAACCAUUGAAGGAGGAAGCAAUAUGAAAGCAUUUUAUCUGAUUCUUUUGGUGUUUCUGAAAUCAUGUUUCUUUUUCUACUCGGACGGUUACAUCUUAUCACCCUUUCGCCUUGUCAAUGGGAGCUCCCGACAUGAAGGUCGUGUUGAAUUUGAGGUAGAUGACGAUGACUAUGAAGAUGGAGUCUUGUCCGACAAUGGCUGGACAAUCGAUUCGGCAGACUGGGUAUGCCAAAAGCUAGGCUACCCCAACGCCAUCUUUGCUCCUGGUGCUUCUAGAUUUGGAAAAGGCCAAUACAAUGUGUUCAUACUUGACAAUCAAGGAAGAGGUGUGCUCGAAUGUGAAUAUCCGGACAGUGGCGACAGCGACAGCGACGAAUAUGUACCCGACUGCUCAUCGGGGAACGUGCAAGCAGCAGGCGUUACAUGCAAUAAUACAGAGCCUGGGUGCUUUCGAAUUCGUAAGCCAGAACGAGACAGGGUCACGAUUAAAGAGAUGGACCAGAUAGAAAGCAACGACGAUUGUCGGGCGCUAUGUCGGGACGAAGAAACCCUCUUUGCUGCACAGAGGGAUGAAAUGUGCUUCUGUUUCAACGAUCCUUCCAUUUUAAAUGAAGAAAACAGUGGUUGUGACAGACCAUGUGCUGGUAAUUCUAGGCAGCUGUGCGGAGGCGGUAACGAUAUUUUUACAGUUUUUUUUAAUGUUUCAGCGGGAUUCUGCCCCGAGAUCUCCGGCGUUAAUUUGAACGUGUAUGGAAGCCGGUAUGGAAGGUACCGAUUUGGUGACAUAGUGAGGGCGAACUGUAGUGGUGGAUCACGGCUGAUGGGCGAUGAUGAACUGCAAUGUCUAGGUGAACCUGGUUCCUUUAAAUGGAAUGGGACCGUUCCUUCGUGUGUAGAUGGUACAACGGUUCAACCAGGAACUACGAAUAAUCCUAGAACGCAGCUUACAGGAAGGAGUACGGCACCCCCUCUUACGGGCACAGGGGUCGAUCGAGUGACAGCGGCCUCGUCAACGGUAAGCGUCGACAUGGGCAUGGAAGCCAGAUCUGAAACAAAAUCACUAGUUGUUCCAGUAGCAGUGUCGGUUGUCGGUGUGAUCAUUGUUGCGGUCCUUGCGAUACUUCUGUUCAUGUACUUCAAGAGAACGAGAAAAACACAAUCUGAAAUGAAGCAAAAACCGACGAGUACAGAAUCCAAGUUCAACAAUAUGAGCUACAGUAUUCACAACAUUCCUAACAACGAAGGGCCGAGUUACUAUGAACCGAAUACAAUCACAGAAGGCACAGUAGGCACCGAUGGUCUUAUAGACAAUGUUUUAUACAAACCAGCCGAUAUUGUCCGAAGAGGUCCGAAUGAAUACGAACUCGAUCAGGACUCAUCUCAAAAUCCAACUCAGUAUGGACUCAUUGACAAUGUUUUGUACAAACCGGCCGGAAAUAUCCGAAGAGAUCCGAAUCAACACGAACGCGAUCAAAGUUCAACAAAUGAUACCCCUCACUAUGGACUCAUAGACAAUGUUCUUUACAAACCAGUCGAAAGUACCGAAAACACUCAGAACUUCCGACAGUUACCGAAUGGUUACGAUCUUCCUUCGAAUGAUUCCGAGUAUGCCUCCCCCGACGAACAAGCAUCUAGAGGUUUCCACCAAGACGGAGAACUUAUUGAUAAUAUACUCUACAAACCUGCUGACAACCAAGCGAUACAAACAGGUCAUGCUUCGAGAAAAUACUAUGAAAUAAAGCCAGAACUUACUACUGGCGAUUAUGCAGUAGCCGAUUGUCCCAUUCCAGACAGGAUUGUCCCGCCUGGAGCAAAAUAUUAUGACUUCGAGCCUCAACCAGCACACUCUCGGACGCAGACCAAAUUCGCUGGAUACGACGCCGUACACGACAUUGACGACGACGAUAGUGAGCUUACGACCGAUGGACGUAAUGGUCAACGAUUUGUAGUGCGACCAGACGAUACGUCAUCGAUGAUUCAUGAAUAUGCCGCAGUUGAUAAUGAUAGGGAUCCUGCAUCAAACUUUGCUUCUACCAACAAUGGCACUACUUCUGCUGCUGUGAAGCAGAAACCUUUCCCUCGUUAUGCUACUGUCCAGAAAAAGUUGUAAAACUUUUACCUCUCUGGCAAGACAAAGGUUAGAUUUGAUUGGUUAAUUGAAAAGGCCUAAAAUAAUAUUUCUUAAUUCAAAAUAAUUAUAUUAUGUUAUAGUCGAAGAUUUACUGCCAGUCUAUUUGCUUCAUUGAUAAAUUUGAUGCAAAAAAAAUCACAUGUUAAUUAGAAAUAUUGUAAAAUAACAUAUUUGACUAUAAUUAUCUGUACAAGGAGGCUGUAGAUGCAAGCGAAAUGUAACAUCUUCACCAGUAUACGCAUAUUUCCAUCAUUGCGUAUAGGAGGCCUAAAAAAAUAAAUUCUCACUUAUUUUACUGACCAAUAUGAAGAGCUUUAUCUCGUCUUCGUGUAUCUUUCUAUAUCAUUGUUGUAUAGCUUUGCCCAGAAUAAAGAUUGACCCUUGCGACACUUUCAAUAUAAAUAAUUUAAUAUUAUAUCGCUUAUGUGGUUACGUGGGGGGGGGGGGGUGCAGAGAUAGGGGGUAUAUAGCAAGUGCUCCAGGGGACAGGGCAAAGGGGACUGUCGCGUUCCCUACCCCUUCCCACCAUCCGGUCGAAUUGAAUAAUUUCAGCUGAGAGAUGUCUUUUCGUGAGAUAAUUAUGCAUCUGAACGAAAAGUGAUAUACUCCACCCCCAUUUACGUUGUGCCACCAGCACCCGCCCCCGUUUGCGGAUAUGACAACGUUUCUUUUAUUUCUUUGUUAAUAUAUUUAAGUUUUGUUUAUCACACCGGAUAUUAAUCUUACUACAUUAAAUCAAAUAUAAGAGAUCAUAACAAAAAUGUAUUAUUUAUUAAAAAAUGGUUUGAUGUAGGCCUUUUGAAAAUUAAUGGUGUCGUAAAAAACUCUAGACUUAUGUCUUUGAGAGAAAUUGAAGAAAGAUUUGAGAAAAAACAUGCUUCUUUAUUUCAAGAAUAUUACAUCAUAGUAAAUGCGAUUCCCAAAGUUUGGAAACAGAAUAUGUUAAGUCAGGUACAUGUAGAUGAUGCGACACAGGAAGAAAUUGAAGGUGUCAUGAAAAAUGUUUUAAUGAAUGUUAACACUAAACGAAAGUAGAAGUUUUUCUACUCUACGUUGUCUAUUUAUUCAAUUGUUAGACCUCCAAUCGAAGAAAAAUUGGAAGAAAUAAUAAUAAUAAUAAUAUAUAACAUUUAUUAGGCGCUUAAUACAGGUGUUUCUAAGCGCACUAUUGUCUGAAUUAAAAUUACCAACUAAAACUUGUAAUAAACACAAAAAAUAUAAACAUAUUCUUUAUUCAAUAAAUCAUGCAUAUAUAAUAUAGGAUUUCUCGGUCACUUUCGUAAGCUGGCCACACAAAUUCAUUUUAUGUUCAUUCAAUUUCGCCGAUUCUGUCACCGCAGCUGUUAUUUUUCGUUCAAAUUCGUUUUUUAGCAUUCAAAUUCCUAAAACGAUCAUUCAAAAACAUUUCAUUUUCAUUCAAAUUAAAAGGUGUUUCUUUUUGGUAAAAUUGUCAUUCAAUUUAAAGCGAGACGAUUCGCGAUUACGUAAUAGCGUCUUCCGUGAAUUCAAAUUUGUUUCUUUGCAUACAGUUUCACACGUUUUGCAGACAAAUUAAACAUGUACAUCUUACUCAGUAUGAUCAUAUAUAGAACCCCCGCAAGCUUAGUUCCAUGUUAAAUCCAUUUCAAAUUGUAUGGGUUGGUAAGCAACAAACAUGUUAUUUGCCCUCACUAUGGGUGUAAAUGUAUACCCACUAAAUCCUCACUAUUUAGCAACUGAACGAUCAUGUGUUAAGUAGAUAAAAUCUAGCCAUAUCAAUAUAGAAUUAGCAUGGAACUAAGCAAGAGUGUCUUUUUUAUGAAUAUGCAAUGAUAUAAGUACAUGCAAAGUGUGUGUUUACAGACUACGGCUAUAUUUAUUGGAGUGGCGUACCAUAAUGGUGGGGGGGGGGGGUGGUAUCAAUACUCUAUACAUUGGUUUAUUUUUAAUGUUUAGUUUGGUUAUGUUUUUGAUAAGUUAUUCGAUUUUCGUAACCUCUUUGAAGCCAUUUAUAUUUGUGUAAAUUAUAUUUCGUCUGUAUUGAACAUGUUAAGAACAAUCUAUGAGUAUCAGUUCAAUCACAAUCAUAAUCACAUCAAAAUCUGAAUCACCAUCACACUGAAUCACAAUCACAAUCGUAAUCACCAUCUCAAUUACAAUCACGAUCACGCUACACAAUCAUCAAUGAGUUUGAUACAUUGUUUUCUCACUGCGCGCACAUCUCAAUAGCUAAUGCCAUGUGGACAUAAACUAAAGAAUACUUACAUACAAUCUGAAAUCUUGUUUUGGUUAUAUAUAUUUCAAUGAACAUAAUUACAUCAUGCAUGACAUCAUCAUGUUCGUCUACAUCAUAUCACUUCCAAAAGACGACCGGGUACGAUAAAGUCAGUGACGAGAACAUCAGUAAGAUGAUGUCCAAUCUUUUAUCUAGAGUUGUUUAACCCUCUACAUGUUGAUGGGCAAGACAUCUAGGCAUGUUAUAUAACUCAUUUGUUUAAUUUAGAUGAGAAACAUGUGCAUAUACCAUGUAUACCAUAGGUUUGUAAAGAUAGGCGAAUUUGAAUGAAAACUUUGUUAUUUAGAAUGACCCAAAGUGAAAUUGAAUGGUACAGACGUCCGAUUUGCCAUUGUUGACGAAAAUGAAUGCAAAUUGCGCAUUUGUAAGCGGUUGUUAAAUUGAAUGAAACAAGUGCUGAAUCCAUUGACCGAAUAAGUAAAUCAAAUGAAAGAAGUGUUAUUUUGAAUGAAAGUUACACGCCGGCAGUUUAUUUCGCGAAUUUGAAUGAAGUUUGUAUCAAAACGAAUGAAAAGCUUACGAAAGUGACCGAGAAAUCCUAUAGUACAGAACAAAUCGACUGGAAAGUCAUAUGGUCAUUUAAUUUACAAGCUAUGAAAGAAAACAAAAUAUCAGAAUUCAAUUUUAAGUUAUUACACAACUUAUUACCAAAUAGGUAUAAUUUAUUCAAAUGGAAAUUGUGUAACAAUCCCUUAUGUUUAUAUGAUGAUCAGUUCCACGACAAUCUCCAUUUAUUUGCAAAAUGCAAACACACAAGAAUGUUUCGGUUAAAAUUUGGAGACAUAAUUCGAAAACUUUACAAUGUUAAUUUUUCUUUUGAAAAGUUCGUUUUAAUUGAAGGUUAUAACUUGAAAAACAAAAUAUUUAAAAGUUUAAAUUUUCUUAUCAUAUAUGCAAAAUACGCAGUUUAUUUAACAUUUAUGCAAGCAGAAAAUCGCAAACUCAUGGUUCAUGAAGUCUCUAUACUUUGUAUUUUCAAAAGAUUAAUCCAUAACCGAUUAAAGAUCGAAAAGUACUGUAAAACAAAACAGCUAUGCAUUUUUUAAAACACUCAUGUUAUUUAAGAAAACGAAACAUGCUUUAUUUGAACUAUGUUAAGAUGCUACGAUGUUAUUUCAAUCGAUUGUGUACGAUUGUUUGAUUUGUUCAAAAGCAUAUAUUUAUCAAUAAAUUCAUUUU